AUGCCUCGCCUGUACCGUCGCUCCCAGCUUCCCGUGUACAUUAAGAAGGCAGUCUGCGCGCAUCAUGUGCAGAAUCCUCUAAUGCGCCAGGUUGACCUGGCGCGCUGGUGUUGUACUCGAUACGGAAUCCGCCCCGACCGCUCCACUGUCGGCCGGAUUUUGAAGGGCGCUGAUCGGUGGAGCGCGCCGUCAGCAUCGAACAACCCCGUCCGUGUUCGGGGCAGAGCUCACCCCGACCUUGAGCGCGCAAUGGUGCGCUGGAUCUCGAACGCCGGCCCGGCGGAAAUCCCGCUCACGCUGCAGACAAUCCGCGACCACGUCGCGGUCAUCGCACGUGCCAUUCAGCUGCUGGCGAAGCCGCGGAUCAGGACAUGGCGGCCGUGCGCACUUGCCAUUCAGAGGUGCUGGUGGCGGACGGAGUGCCUCCCUCUCGCGUGGGCCCUCUCUCUGUCCCACGUGGGCGCCGCGGGACUCACCCCAGGUGGCCGUGGUGUUGUGCCGCUCGCCAUCGAUCUCGAUGGCAAGAUCGAUGAUGUGGGCGUUCUCAUCGAUCGUCUUGGCCUCGGCCCAAGCGCGAUGCCGGCCGCCGACUUUGUCGCAAUCAACAACGGGCAACCGACGUGCGCAGAGCCGGGCGAGGACCCUUUGGCCGACGAGCCCGCGUCGGCGUAUUCGGCUGCGUCGUGGGAGGCGCCUACGAGCAUGGAGGCUGUCUACAACGACGACAACCCCGCGUCCCGUGAGGCUCGUUGUUAUGCGCGCGCCGCAUGUGAGAUGCUAAUCGGGUACGCGCGCGCCACCAGCAUCACCCCCCGCGAGCUUUGCGCCCUCUUCGAGAUCCGCAACCCGAUCAUCGUCGAGCGCAUGGAGAGGGCGAGCCCGCCCCUGAAUCUCAACGCGACCCCGAUCGCCACCCCCAGGCCGUCCGAGACCUCGGAUGCCGUGCGCGCUCCUCCCCGCGGGCGCGUCCUCCCUGCGUGGAUGACGGCGCCCUCUCCUUGCCAAGCUCUCAUCGAUGCUGGCGCGCCUGCUGCCAUGGACGGCUUCAUGGACGCGGCGGAGUGGGUGCGUCUGUGA